AUUGAAACCCGCUUCCUCCACCCCCCAGCCAAACCCGCGCCCCGCUGCUUGUUUCCUGGCUGAAGAAAUUCCUCCAGUCGAGGUAUUUGUAAUACUUCCACUUGAAUUCAGCGUCGAAUUCAUUCGACGCGCAACAAGCUAACGCGAUAUCCGCGUUGGACGGGCAUCAUGGCGAAACCACGGAUCACAUCGGCCCCAUUCAUGAUUCUCGUUCUGCUGAUCGGCGCGUCCUCGGCCCACCUCGCAACAGCAACCGUCACGAGUGGUAAUAAUGUUUCCAAGGCCUCUCAGGACGUGCCGAACGCCCCUAGUAAGGACAAAGGCUCCUUCUCGCCCCAUGCUUCCAAGCAUACUCAUGCUCAACUGCUCAACGUGGGCGCCGACGCCGACGUUGAAAAUGAUCAUGUUCCUCCGACGCAUCGUCCGAUAAUGAACCAUCAUGCCGAUCAUACCGAUCAUGCCGAUCAUGCCGACAGUGUCAUCCCCACUCCCAAGGCUCUUCAGCAAAUCGACGCUGCUCACGCGCCUACGCCGCUGCAUCCCGCUGGUCCGCCCCAUACCGCUGAUCCGGCCAAGCCGCCCGCUGGUGCGCCCCAUCCCGCUGGUGCGCCCCAUCCCGCUGGUGCGCCCCAUCCCCGCGCUGGUUCUGGCGGCAAGGCAUCUGGGAAGAUCACAAUGGCGGCAAACGGAGUGAAUUGCACAAACGGCACGUCUACGAUGGCUCCGAACAGCACGAACGCGGACGGCACGAACGACUCGAACGGCACUGUGCAGUUUAAAAUUGCGGGAAGCGGCGCGAAUUGCACAAACGGCACGUCUACGAUGGCUCCGAACAGCACGAACGUGGACGGCACGUUUACCAUGGCAGCAAAUGACACGAACACAAACGGCACUGUGCCAAACAGCAACCCCAAGACGAGCCAGCACCACACGGGGAUUCACAGGGCAUCGGCCAAGGACGUGGCGAUUCGGCACAGGAAUCAGAACCAUGGCGCUGCCGCAGUGGCGCCAUCUGCCAAUCCCAAGUCGAGCCGCUGGCAGCACCGAGCGGGAAUUCACAAGUCAUCGGCCAAGGAUGUGGCGAUGACUCGGCACAGAAAUCAGAAUCAUGGUGCCGCACACACCACGGCGUCAUCCACCGGCAAUCCCAAGCCGAGCCAGCACCGCGCGGGAAUUCACAAGUCAUCAUCGGCCAUGGAUGUGGCGAUUUGGCACAGGAAUCAGAAUCGUGCCGAAAUGGCGUCAUCCGACAACCCCAAGGCGAGCCAGCACCACGCGGGAAUUCACAAGUCAUCAUCAGCCAAGGAUGUGGGGAUGACUCGUCAAAGAAACUCGGCGAAUCGCGGUGCCGCAGCCAAGGCGUCAUCCCAUCCCGACAACUCCAAGGCAAACGAACGCGGCAUGGGAAUCCACCAGGCAUCAGCUGUCGAUGUGGCGAUUCGGCACAAAAAUCAGGCGAGUCGUGGCGCCGCAGCCAUGGCGUCAUCCCAUCCCAGCAACUCCAAGGCAAACGGACGCGGCGUGGGCUUCCACAAGGCAUCGGCCGAGGAUGUGCCAGUUACUCACAGGUCCACGCCACUGCUGAAAGAAGGCCAGGACGGCAGGAAGCAGAACGGCGUUGAAAACGACAGGAAGGGAGCCAUGAGGGUGUCAACGCGCAGCGAGACUAGCUUCAACGACCGGUUUGAGUUUGAGGGGGUGGAGUUUCACAAGGCGACGAGCGACGAUGUGGCUCUUCACAGGAGGAACCGUGGUGCUGAAAGGAGCAGCAGCAGGCACGGAGUGAAUAGCGGGGCUGAGCGGCUUGGCUCCCUUUCAUCUGCACAGGGCAGAACCGCUGAUUACGGUGGUGACUACAAUGAUGAUUAUGGCGGUGGUCACUACAAUGGUGAUUAUGGUGGUGACUACAGUGGUGAUAAUGGCGGUGGUGGUGACUAUGGUGGUGGGGACUACAGUGGUGAUAAUGGCAGCGGUGAUGACUACAGUGGGGGUGACUACAGUGGUGAUAAUGGCAGUGGUGGUGACUAUAGCGAUGGUGGCAGCGGUGGUGGUGACAGCGGCGGCGGUGGCGGCGACGGCAGCAUUGACAUUGCAGCGAUUCUCUACGUGCACAACGCCGCCAGGCGGGAGGUAGGCGUCCCGGACCUGGCAUGGGACGACGGUGUGGCAGCAGCGGCGCAAGACUGGGCCAACGACCUCGCCUCCAGGGGGUCCCCCCUGGAGCACGGCGGCAAGGACGGGCUCGGGCAGAACCUCUACUGGCUCUCACCUGCUGGGCUGACCCCUGAGGAGGACCGUAGGGCAGCGCAGUCGUGGGUGGAUGAGAAUGCGGACUGGACAAAUAGCCUGGCGCCCGAGGGGUGUGCGGAGGGGAGGAUGUGUGGGCACUACACGCAGGUGGUGUUGCCGGGGACGACGCUUGUGGUGGUGUGCGAAUGCUCGCCCGAGGGGAACAUCAUCGGGUCCACUCCUUUCUAGGCAGCUUUAAGGGACGAGGGACUCGGUAUCAGAAUUAGAGUAGUGAAUGAUUGUAGAGUGAGAGUACACAUAGAUAUACCUAAGUGUUGUACCCUCUAAAAGGUGACCCUAUACAGUCUAUACAAACAUGACAAAUA